AGCGCUCUGUCUACGUGAGGGAUAUCCGUGGCGCGUCAUUUUCUGUUGUGGUUGGACAUAGACGCGCAAGGUGCACAGACCUGUGGCCGGGGCGCCUUUUUGUCAAGGCAGUAUGAGACAAGAUUUGGACACAAGCGUUAUUUUUUGCGUUCCGCUCUAUUGCGCAUGCCUGCUGGUAGAUAUUGGAUGGUGCCCGACGCCACUUCGCUCCGUCCUGGCCGUGAUGUAGGAGCCAAAGUGCGGGGAGCGGAGGACUGACACCAAUAAUAAGGAGAAAUCACAAUAAGACAUGCGCUGGCGAAGUGGCGGCGCGCAGCCCGCAGGAUUCCACUCGAGAUCCCUCGUGAAAUAAAAGCCCCCGCGCCACAAAACUGAAGAAUGUCAGGGACACCAAAUGCGGAGGCUGAAGGAGUAGUCUCCAAAGUGAAAGUGAAAAAGGAGAUCAAGACAAUCGUGGAGAAUCUGGAAACCAUUCUUGGGGACCUGAAGGAUGUAGCCAAAGAGCUGAAAGAGGUCGUCCAUGACAUUGACACCCUGACCUGCGACCUGCAGCUGGAGGAGGACGGCCUGACGGACAGCUCCAAGACGGACACGCUCAACUCCAGCUCCAGCUCCACCACCACCACCACCACCGCUUCCAGCCUGGAGAAGAUGAAGCUCUUCCCCGAUGACUGCAUCUUUAAAACGGCCGUGCCCCUCGUCCCGGUUCCCGUCGCUCCCUCUUCGGUCCUAACUGUGCUGAAGAAGCCCCACCCGCCCCUGCCGCCGCCGAGACUCACCCCCCCGAGAGCCGAGGAUCACAACAUAAAGAAUAUGCCUCAUCCGACGUUAGUGUUAUCAGGGAAUAUGUCCAAGGCUAACGGGUCUCUAUUGAAGAACGGUGGGAUUUUCCCACUGAAACAAAACAGGGACUUAUUCUCCUCGACGCCGUGCUUCAUUUCUAACGACAGCGGGAUCCCGGAGUCGGGCCUUGUUCCGACAUUGCCCAGGCCCAUGCCUCUGCUCCGCCACGAAAAGAACAAAUGCCCCAAGGCCCCCGGCAGGGAGCCUCGCGAGCGCGUCCGAUUCAGUGAAAAGGUCCAGUAUCACGGCUACUGCCCGGACUGCGACCUCCAGUAUGACGUGGACGAGACGGAACUGCACUUACAGGCUGAGCUGAGCGACCUGAGGCUCAGCCCGGUGCACUGCUGCUCUUCCUCCUCCCCUCCUCCUCCUCACGUUCUCUCUCAUGAACUGAUGCUGGAGAACGGCGGGCUCUCGGUCAGCCACAGUUUUCCGCCGACGACACACACUCCUCCACCUUGCGUGCCUCCUCACACACCUUCCCUAAAACCCCAGAAAACAAUCUUACGCAAAUCCACCACCACGACAGUUUGACACA